CGUGCUGUGAGCAAUUGAUUGGCUCUCCUCUCCAGAUACGUGCAAAAAAUGUCAAGCUCGACUCGCCUUCACUUCCUUGCUCUUUCCCAAUGGAAAGUCGCGGUGACCAUGCGGACCCACUUAAUCUUAAUGCGCUGUUUGCUCGCCAAUACAAAAACUUCGUGAUCGAUUUUGGACCGACUCUUCAGCUACCUCGCCGAAUCUUGCCCUGACCACUGGAUUUUCUUUGAAUUCUAUUAAUCUUUGCUAAUAAGGGUAGACAUUUACGCCAUGGCCUCAGGUAAACAGCGACGGAAGCGAGCGUUAGAAAAGAGCAAGAAACACCAAGCGUUGGAAGAAGAGCGCAAGAAACAACGAGCUUUGGAAGAGUACAAGAAAAAACAAGCGUUGGAAAAGUGCAACAAACUCCGAGACGGAAGUCGCGACCGGCGCAAACGGAUCAUCGCCGCGAUGAUCGGUGAGUCCCGUGUCUUUCAGGGCAGAAUCAGGAAGUGUGGAGAGCGAGAGAGUGACGCCAGCUACCUCGAGGACAUCCAACGGACCUACAAUGACGGCAAAGCCCAGGUAUACUGGACGGACGGUAGUGUCCAGGACGGUACCCUAGGCGCCGGAGUAGUCUGGGAAGGAGAGGAUGGGAGCGGCUGGCAUGAAAGGAAGGUUCGGCUUCGACGAGACACGGGCUCACCAGUGGACGCAGAGCUAUACGCCAUCAAGACGACGCUCGAGCACGCGGCAGAGGGGAAUGUCCGGGUCCGCCAUGUUUGGAUACUCCCCGACUGUUUUGAAGUGCUGCGAGGACGAAUGGCUCUACCGGGCCAACAAGAUAUGGUAUGAGCAAGGAGGAGAGGAAUAAGAAGAUAUGAUACCGCCGCCUUCAUCCUACUUCAUCCCUCCCCCUCCUCC